AUGGCCGACCUUCCUACUACCUUCGACCGCCCCGUCCACAUCGCCGUCAUCGGCGGCACCGGCCUCGGCAAGCUCGAGGGCUACACGCCCGUCGCCGCCCUGAACCCGACGACGCCGUGGGGCCAGCCGUCCUCCCCGAUCAUGAUCCUCGAGCACGCCGGCGUGCCCAUCGCCUUCCUCGCCCGCCACGGCCUGCACCACCAGUUCGCGCCGCACGAGGUGCCCGCCCGCGCCAACAUCGCCGCCCUGCGCUCCAUCGGCGUCCGCUGCGUCAUCGCCUUCUCCGCCGUCGGCUCCCUGCAGGAGGAGAUCAAGCCCAUGGACUUCGUCGUCCCGGACCAGGUCAUCGACCGCACCAAGGGCAUCCGCCCCUUCACCUUCUUCGAGGGCGGCGUCGUCGGCCACGUCGGCUUCGCGGACCCCUUCGACAAGGGCCUGGCUGAGGUCGUCAAGAAGUGCGCCGCGCAUAUGCAGGGCGACGGCGUCGUGCUCCACGACAAGGGAACCAUCAUCUGCAUGGAGGGCCCCCAGUUCUCGACCCGCGCCGAGUCUCACAUGUACCGCUCCUGGGGCGGCAGCGUCAUCAACAUGUCCGCCCUCCCCGAGGCCAAGCUCGCGCGCGAGGCCGAGAUGGCCUACCAGAUGAUCUGCAUGGCCACCGACUACGACUGCUGGCACUCGUUCGAGGACGUCGACGUCGCCAUGGUCAUGAAGUACAUGGCCGCCAACGGCGAGAACGCCAAGCGCCUCGUCGGCGGCGUCCUCGACGAGCUGGCCAAGCAGGAGCACAGCGAGAUGGUCCUGGCCAAGCACUGGGAGGGCGCGUCCCAGGGCGCCGUCAAGUUCAUGACCAAGCCCGAGGGCCGCAACCCCGAGGCCAUGAAGAACGUCGAGUUCCUCUUCCCCGGCUUCUGGAACUAA